AUGGCAAUUAGUAUUUACUAUCCAAGUGGUCGCAAAAGUAGGUUCAUCACCGAUGAAAAGGAGAAGAAGGUCUGCAAAAUUGUUUUUAGGGGAAAAUACAUAGGCAGUGGAUUGAGGGACUUUUUAAAGACAAGUCAUCCAGAAGAACUAAUUGAGAGUUCUGUAGCAAUUUUAGGUGAUGAAUGCAAAACCUUGUGCAAGAGAAAUUCUGGAAGUGUGCUUCAAGACAAAUCAAUUCAAAAUGUUAUGGAAUUCACUUGGGACAAACUGUACACAGAACUACAAAUACGUGCCCCUAAUAUCCUGAAGAUAGUAUCAGCAAUGGUUAAUGACAUUCCAAUCCAAGUGAAUAACAAACCAUUUCAACUUGUAAUGUACACUUUGUCCCAGAUUCUGCAUGCCAGAUCUCAAGAAAUGUCUUUAGUACAGUACUUGUCAGGACUAGUGUUAAUGCAUGGAGGAUGCACCCUUAAGGAUAUCGAGAGGAUUGCCAAAUUUGGUGCUUCAGUUCACCCAGAAACAUUGCGAAGAAAGCUGAAUUCAUGGGACGAAUACUUGGACGAAGAACUACUUAAGUACAAAACAGAAUGGAGUCGAGGAGGAAACAAGAAAUAUCAGCUAAUUGGAGACAAUUGGGAUAGAAAUAUUAUUCCAUCUUAUCGUACCUCUCAAGACAAGACAUUGUCUUUGCACCUGUUUCAGGUUAUUGGAGUCGUUGAUAGGGUGGAUUCUUUGAAUUGUGCUUUUGAUCCACAGCUCCUAGAUAUUUUAGAAUUAACUCCUGUGGAUUUUAUUCCCUCAGUAGCUGAUCAGGACAUUCUUCUGCAUGAGUUGACCUUUUUAGUGGCCAAUGCAGUGAUUGCAAAUAUUGAGCAGCUGAACGGAGCAUUUGGAUAUAUAUAUCCAAAACACUUGAAGCACAAGUAUAGUGAAUUCUCAGGAAUGAAAACGGAACAAUAUUCUUUGGGACUUUUUGAUUGUAAUGAAAUGGUUACCCAAGAUGUGAUCAGGCUACUAAAGGACAUAUCAAAGAAGUAUGUGCCCAUUGAUGAUGCUGGGGAAAUAGUUGAGGAAGUGUUUUUUGGAGGAGACAGAUUGACUGAUGAGAGAAUACAGAGUGCCCAAGAAGCUAUGACCAAUAAUGAAAAUCCAUUGGAUAAGUUUGAAGGAUUCAUUUCCAAAAUUGAAGAUUUUCAUCGGCUCAUGAACUUCCUUGAGGCAAUUGUGUUGCAAACAUACAGCACCCAGUCAGCAAAUGACAGAGGAACAGUGUAUUAUUAUAAGAACAUAUUAAAUGCACGCAAUGUGAAGGGGAAAGUAAAGAACUCUUACAGAGGAUAUAAAAUGCUAUACCGUACUAUAUUUGAUGCUAUGUGUUGUGCAUUUUUCUUGAAAGAGUUUGGACUUCUUAACUUAACAGAGAGCAUACCACUGCCUGAUGAAUUCUCCAAAUGGACAGGAGAGGAAAAAAUACAGUGGAUGAAUAACAUAUGUGAACGAAUUGUGAACAAGUGGUUUUUUGGAGACAGUGACUUGUUUGAAGAGUUGUGACAAGUAUUGUCUGAUCCAGAUCAUGAAGAAAAUUAUUGGUUCGGGAACUUUAAAGAUGGUCGCUUUUCCUGCCACUACUGUGAAAAAACUUACUGUCAUAUCAAAAGUGCAGAAUUUCAUGAAAAAGAAGUCCAUGGCUAUUCCAAACCAGCAUUACGAAAAAGUAAACAAGCAAACCUAUUGCAAGAUGAACUUUUUGAUUAUUUGAUAGCCCUUUUCCGUCUGUCAGCAUUACAUCGAAAUCUUGAUACGGCAGUGGAUAUGGCUGAUGGCUAUAGAUCUAUUCGCUCAGCUAAGUACGAGACCCCGCUGUACAACAAGACCCACAAAACAAAAUAUCUUAUCGGCAGCAUCCAUUUAACAGGCCUCAUAUCAGGAACCUUGCCGCCUCCUCAAACAGAGAGACUUAUUGCAAAUCGCUGUAUAAAUUUGUCAGGUGGGAAGAACUCGAACAUGACACUAGAUGAGUAUGUAGAACUAGUCAACAGAGAUACAAAAAACACUUGUUCUGGAUUCCAAACAAAGGAGAGUAUAAUUGCGCACUCGAAACAAUUUCCUCUUUUAAUCAAAGCUGUGAAAAAUUUGGACAUGAUUAAUGAUGUACAUAGAAGAAAAGGAUUCCACAACAUACCUUCAUAUAAAUCUGAUGUUCGGAAGAUUGUACAAGACCUUUUUGACAUCGAUGGUUUUUCCCAACAUAAAGGACGCAAGCUCAAGUGCAGAGAACUAGUCCAGAAAAGCAAUCCAUUUGCAGACAGUUAUAAACAGUUGGUGAACAUGAUAUACAGACAUAAACCUUUACUUCCAUUCCGUCGAUUAAGGAAUAAACAACUAUAAUGAUGUGAUUGUUUAUCUACCUGGUACAUGAGACAUAAAAUCAAAUUAAAUAUUAUGGAGGAUUAUCGCCAAGACUUGUCCAAUUUACAUGCACACAUAUACAAUGUACAGUAAUUAAAUUUUCAAAUGGAAUAAACAUGGAUUUAAUCAA